UAGUUGUCUGCCACGUUGAUUCCUGAGAAGCGUCAAUUUGAAGAAGAGAGCGGGUGAAUUCCCCCGGGAGUGCAAGUUUUAGAAUAUAAAGGAGGAGGAAGAGACAGAAGGAGAGCAUUCUGUAGCAUAAUCUGCAUAUAGCUAGUGAGAAAUCGAUUCGAGGUUUGAAGCUUGAGGUUAUGGCCACUCUUCGUGUUCCUGACGAUGUUCCUUCCCCGAAUGUUGAUGCAGAAGCCAUUAAAGCCGCUCUCAAAGGGUGGGGGACUGAUGAGAAGGCUAUCGUUGCGGUGCUUGGCUAUAGAAAUGCAGGUCAGAGGAGGCAAAUCAGGAUUGCUUACGAACAGCUUUUUGAAGAGGAUCUUAUUAAACGCUUUGAAUCUGAGCUCUCUGGCCACCUCGAGAGAGCUGUGUACCGAUGGGUUCUAGAUCCAGAGGACAGGGACGCUGUGUUGGCGCACGUAGCCGUAAGGAGGCCAAAUGAGGAUUUCGCAGUGCUUGUUGAAUUUUCUUGCAUUUACUCUCCUGAAGAGUUCUUGGCUGUUAGAAGGGCGUAUCAACACCGUUACAAGCGUUCAUUGGAGGAAGAUGUUGCCGCCAACACUCACGACGAAUUUCGCAAGCUGUUGGUGGGAUUAGUGAGUUCAUAUCGUUACAAUGGAGAUGAGAUAGAUUCAAAACUAGCCAAAUCAGAAGCUGAGAUACUUGAACGUGCAGUCAAAGAUAAGAAUUUCCAUCAUGAAGAUGUCAUAAGGAUCCUAACCACAAGGAGUAGGGCACAGCUGAUUGGAGUUCUCAAUUGCUACAAAGAUGCCAAUGGCAUUACCCUCUCCAAGCAAUUGGGUGCAGCCAAUGCGUUCACUGAUGAUCUAAAAACUGUGAUUCGAUGCAUCAAUAACCCUAUCAAAUACUAUGAGAAGGUGGUGCGAAAUGCAAUCAAGAAGGUUGGGAAGAGCGGCGAGGAUGACUUGACUCGAGUGGUGGUGACGAGGGCGGAGAAAGACCUGAGGCAGAUAAAGGAGGCUUAUCACAAGAGAAACAGUGUUACCCUUGAUGAUGCUGUGUCCAAGGAAACCUCUGGUGACUACAAGCACUUCAUCCUUGCUCUUUUGGAUUUUGAGGCUAUGGCUACCUUGACUGUUCCUCACGAUGUUCCUUCUCCCAAUGUCGAUGCUGAAGCUCUCAAAACCGCUUUCAAAGGCUGGGGAGCCGAUGAGAAGGCUAUAAUCUCGAUCCUGGCCCAUAGAAACUGGAUUCAGAGGAAACACAUCAGGAUUGCUUAUGAACAGCUUUUUCAAGAGGAUCUUAUCAAGCGCCUUGAAUCCGAGAUCUCUGGCCAUUUCGAGAGAGCGGUGUACCGAUGGAUGCUGGAACCAGAGGAUAGAGAUGCCGUGUUGGCUCACAUAGCCAUAAGGAAGCCAAAGGAGGAUUUCGCGGUGCUUGUUGAACUUUCUUGCAUCUACUCACCUGAAGAGUUGUUGGGGAUCAGGAGGGCUUACCAGCACCGCUACAAGCGUUCCCUGGAGGAAGAUGUUGCAGCCAGCACUAAUGACGAUCUGCGCAUGUUGUUGGUGGGAUUAGUGAGUACAUAUCGUUACAGUGGACCUGAAGUAGAUCUAAGCCUGGCGAAAUCUGAAGCGGAGAGACUUGAGCGCGCAGUCAGGGACAAGACCUACUAUCAUGAAGAUGUUAUAAGGAUCUUAACCACAAGGAGCAGGGCACAGCUGGUUGCUACUUUCAAUCACUACAAAGAUGCCUAUGGUGUUACCAUUUCCAAGCAAGUGGGAACUGAUACUGCAGGCAAAGAGUUCACAGAAGCGCUACGAACUGUGAUCCGAUGCAUCGAUGACCCAAUCAAGUACUAUGAGAAGGUGGUGAGAAAUGCAAUCAAGAGGGUGGGGAAGAGCGAUGAGGAUGCGCUGACACGAGUGGUGGUGUCGAGGGCAGAGAAAGAUUUGAUGCAGAUAAAGGAGGCUUAUCACAAGAGGAACAGCGUUACCCUUGACGAUGCUGUGUCCAAGGAGACCUCUGGUGACUAUAAGCGUUUCAUCCAUACUCUUCUUGGUAACUAAACAAAGCCGAUUCUAAACUCUGCUUUGGUUGUUAGCAGUAAGAAUUUAUGAUCAUCAUCCUAUUAUGAGUAUCUAUAAUAAUCGGCUGUCUGUUAGUGUUUAUGUGUGUUGUUUGUUAUGUAAUAAUAUGCUUGGCGUCUGAACCGCUACCACCUCUCUGGUUUUGUAUUAAUAUCAAGACUUUUAGCUCCGUUGUGUUACAUCCAA